ACUUCUGAAACUGAAACAAAAUACAAUGUUGUUGUUGCAGUAUUGCACAAAUAAAUAUUUUAAUAUGUUCUAAUCAAAUUCAAACUCCUGGGUAAUUAACACUUUGUGUCAAUUAGCCAAAAAAUAACUUCUAGAUUUAUUGAUUUAUUGAUUUACGUAUGUCUAAAAUGUUACUCCUUUUCAGAAAAAUAAUUAUUUUCACAGAUAACAACUGAGUUGAUAAAGAACAUACCUAAAGCAUAUGGACCACACAAAAUCAAAACAAGAAAAUUCUGUUGAAUGUCAUAGCAGUGGAAUGAUUGAUAACAACAGAAACAACAAAAUUGAUAUUGAAAAUAAAACUAAAGAGUGUAGCAAUGCUGUCCAUUUAAACAAGGAAAUAUCAGAUGCUGUUCUUAAUGUCAUAAAUGAAAUUGUUUUACAUCAAUGUGACGAAAAGUCUGAUACCUCUACCCCGCAAUUUAACGAAACGAAUGGUGUUGUAUACAGUGAUGCCACCUUCCAUUGUGAUAAAUGUCCACGUAAGAUAAAGCGUAAAGAUAACUUUAAACGACACUACUGGCAAGUUCACAAAAUGCGGUAUCAGGACAAUGCGAUAUUGAAUAAUACAAAAAAUAUUUGUAUUUUCCCGGGAUGUUCUGAAGUAUUUUACCAUAAGUCGAGAAUGAUUGAACAUCUAACAACAGAGCACAAUGUCAGUGUGGAUGUUGAUCACAAAAUAUUUAGUUGUUUUGAUGAUUUCAUAUCUUGGAAAGUUGUAGAAGAAGGCGAGAAUUUUGUUUGCUUUACAAAGCGAGAUGAACGGAAAAUCUCAAGCAAUAUAAGUUACUCUUCUUAUGUGUGUCAACAUGACGGUGUUAGGCAUAAAAGAUCAGCUAAAAAACUAUGCAGAAAGAGUGUCAAAAAAGAUUUAAUUUGUCCAGCGCGAAUGUUAGUACGUCGAACAAUUAAUACUGACAGCAUAUCAGUCAAGUACAUCAAGUCACAUAAUCACAAAAUCACAUAUGAUGACAUCAGAAAACAUCCUCUCCCACAAACUGUCAAAAACGAUAUCAAGGAAAAGCUGCUGCUAAAUAAAUCGGUGGAUGACAUCUUCUCAGAACUGCAUCAGGAAGCCCACGAAGAAGUGUCCAAUAAGGCAAGCACAACUGCUAUUAAAAAAGUACUUGUCAACAAAAACAAAAUCCAGUACAUUAAGAAGAAAUUAAACCUACCAAAAACUACUGAAGAUAAUAAGUUGCUUAUUGAAGAUCGUUUGAAAGCUUUAAGUACUGAAAAUUUCAAUCCUAUUCUCUUGUAUAAACCUGAGGAGCUUGCAAGUGAAACAGAAGAUCCAACACCUGGUCAAGAUAAAGAUACAACUUUCAUUUUUGGACUGCAAACAAAAGAACAAUUGGAUACAUUCCAAAAAUAUGCAGAUAAAAUUGUUUUUCUUGAAUUGAUGCUACCAACUUCAAAUAUUCCAUAUUACAUCUUAACGUUAAAAGUCAUGGAUGAACUCUUUCAGGGAUAUAACGUGGCCCAUUUAAUCACCAAUGUCAAAGAUAAUGAUAUUGUUUACAUAUUUCUUAACGAAAUAAAAUUACGUUGUACCAAGUUAGCUAUUAAUACAGUUAUGACAACACUAGAUGAUUUUGGUGUGAAAGCUUUUACCAAUGUGUUUGGCAAUAAUAUUCAUUUUAUAUUUUCAAAAUGGCACCUUCAUGAAAUGUUAUUUACCAAGUUGUUAACAGAUUAUCCUUUAGAGGAGGAGCUGAGACAUCAAGUCUAUUUCACACUUGUCGCAUUGGUUGAAGAGCUUGAUCAGGAACAGUUUAAAUCAAUUAUAACUGAUUUUGUGCAAUUAUAUGAAGACAGAUGCCCUCUGUUUGUAACAUUUUUAGUGGAUAAUUACCUCAAAAAGCCCGAAAAGUGGGCAUUAUGUUAUCGUGAGUCAUCUUUGCGAUGUUGCGAUGUGGUGAUGCAUGGGAAUGAUUUGCUUCCUCAGUUAAAGUCAAUGAUAAAACUUUCCAAGGACAUUUGCUCCAUAGAUGAGUUACUCCAUGCUAUUCUAAAUAUAAAUCAAGCUGAUUACCUAAAGCACAAGUGUAGACAAGUGUUGAAGGAUCCAUUGAACAGUAACCAUGAUGUUGGAUUAUGUAUUCCUGAUACCGAUGUAAGCAAAAUUUCUGACAAUCAGUGGUUGGUUCUUGUUAAUAACAAGUCAUACGAAGUUAACUGGAAUUUAGAUGGAUGUUUUGAAAUGUUUUGCCAAGUGCGUUGUUUGGAGCUGGUUUGUUUUGGCUUAUGUAAGCACAUGUACACUUGUAGCUGUGGUGAACAGGCCUUAAUAUGUUUACAUGUCCACAAAGUUCAUGCACUGGAAACAGGCGUUUGCAGAUUCCAACGUGUUCGUGAUAACAAAGAAGAAAUUUCCCUUCAAAAACCAAAAUUUAUUCUGCAUAAGCCAGUCAUGUCCAUAUCAAAACCAGUGAAUAGCAGGCUAAAAGCUCUUUUUAAUGUUCAAGAGAAUAUCAAAGUGUUACAAAAACUUAUAGAGGAAUCGUCUGAGGAAGAUCUGAUUGAUGUUAACACUGCAUUACAGUCUUUAAACGACAAGUGCAAGAAAAACAUUGACAAGAGAAAAAAACGCAAAAAGUGCGAGAGGGUAAAAAGCUCUAAAAAGCGUUGUGAAGAGUAAAAUAUUUUUUUAAAAGUAAAAGUGUAUUUUCAAAGUGAAUGUUGUAUCUAUAUAUGUUUGAAAAUAUAUUACAAUCGGACAGCUCA